UGGCCACAGUAGGGACAGACUGAGAGCAGAUGAGCCAGAAGAUGAGUACUGAACCUUUGACUCGCUCUGAGGUGUUUGGACAGCUCAAGAGGGAGCUGUAUGGAGAGCAGCAGUCCAGUCAUACCAACACACACAUAUUCAUCAUCCUGGGAGCCUCUGGAGAUCUCGCAAAAAAGAAGAUCUAUCCAACUUUAUGGUGGUUAUUCAGAGAUGGCCUGCUCCCAGAACACACAUACUUUGUGGGUUUUUCCCGGUCCAACUUGACAGUGGAGGACAUCAAGACAGCAUGCCUGCCUUAUAUGAAGGUUACUGAUGAAGAAAGCCAGUGUCUAUCAACCUUCUUCAGUAAGAACUCCUACUUGAGUGGCAAGUACAAUGAUGGCAGCUCCUUCACCCAGCUCAACACCCAUCUGUCGUCUCUGCCUGGGGGUGCGGACGCCAACCGACUCUUCUACCUGGCUCUUCCUCCCACUGUCUACCACAAUAUCAGCACAAACAUCAGAGCCCACUGCAUGAGCCGCAAAGGUUGGAACAGGGUCAUUGUUGAGAAGCCCUUUGGUCGUGACCUCCAGAGCUCACAGGAACUGUCAGCCCAUCUGUCCUCCCUGUUCACAGAGGACCAGAUCUACCGCAUAGACCACUACCUGGGCAAAGAGAUGGUCCAGAACCUCAUGGUGCUCAGAUUUGGAAAUCGCAUCUUUGGGCCCAUAUGGAACAGGGACAGUGUGGCCUGUGUGGUCCUCACCUUCAAAGAGCCUUUCGGCACUCAGGGACGUGGAGGAUACUUUGAUAACUUUGGUAUCAUUCGAGAUGUCAUGCAAAACCAUCUCCUCCAGAUGCUCUGUUUGGUUGCCAUGGAAAAACCUACUUCCACAAGCCCAGACGACGUGAGGAAUGAGAAGGUGAAGGUGUUGAAGUGUAUAGCUCCUCUUACUAUGUCAGAUGUGGUGCUCGGUCAGUAUGUGGGGGACCCUGAGGGGGUGGGCCAGUCCAAGCUGGGUUACCUUGAUGACCCCACUGUACCAGAAAGCUCCUGCACACCAACAUUUGCCACCGCAGUGCUCUACAUCCAUAAUGAAAGAUGGGAUGGAGUUCCUUUCGUUCUGCGUUGUGGUAAAGCUCUGAACGAACGUAAGGCCGAAUUGCGUGUGCAGUUCACAGAUGUGCCAGGUGAUAUCUUUGGUCAGAGCUGUCAGAGGAACGAGCUGGUGGUGCGAGUGCAGCCGGACGAAGCGAUUUACCUGAAGAUGAGGACCAAGAAACCCGGGGUUCACCUCAGCCCAGAGGAGACUGAGCUGGACCUCACUUACAAGAGCAGAUACAAGAAUGUGACGCUCCCAGAUGCUUAUGAGAGACUGUUACUGGACGUUUUCUGUGGAAAUCAAAUGCACUUUGUCCGCAGUGAUGAGUUGCGGGAGGCCUGGAGGAUUUUCACCCCCCUCCUCCACCAAAUAGAGAGGGAGAAGAGACAACCCAUCCCGUACAAAUAUGGAAGUCGCGGUCCAAACGAGGCAGAUGAUCUUGUGAAGAGGGUGGGAUUCUGCUAUGAGGGAACAUACAAGUGGGUGCAGCCCCACACAACCUGAUGCCUUCUGUCUCAAACACACACACACACACACACACACACACACACACUGUCAUAAGCAAGUUCACAAACAAUAAAUUUUACUGCAAUCUUUCACUGCUGUAUCAUUGUUUGAUUUUUGUCUGCAUGUAAAAAAUACCACCAUGAAUGUGAAAAUUAAAAUAACUGCAGAAAACUGAAAUGACUGUUCACCUGUGAAUUAGAAAUUUCUAAAUAAAUCAUUGUUCACUC